UUAUUUAGCUGAUGAAUGCUCGGCCCCGCCGCUCAGCAGCACCAGGAAAUGGAGGCUCUGUCGUGGAGAUGAGCUGCAGAGAGAAGCAGCAGCAGCAGCAGAACUGGGAGGAGAAACCACCGACUCACAGGCAGCAACAGGCGACGACUGUCAGCACUUUGAGGUUUAGUGCAUCAGCGGGUGAAGAUGAGCGACGCAGAUCAGCCCAAAGUUGAACUUUUUGUGAAGGCGGGGAGCGACGGUCAGAGCAUCGGCAACUGUCCUUUCUCCCAGCGUCUCUUCAUGGUGCUGUGGCUGAAAGGAGUCACCUUUGAUGUUACCACAGUGGAUAUGAAGAGGAAGCCAGACAUCUUGAAGGACCUGGCUCCCGGUGCUCAGCCCCCCUUCCUGUUGUACGGCAGCGAGGUGAAAACCGACACCAACAAGAUCGAGGAGUUCCUGGAGGAAAAUCUCUGCCCUCCAAAGUAUCCCCGUCUGGCUGCUCGUAACCCAGAGUCCAACACAGCAGGCAUGGACGUCUUCUCCAAAUUCUCUGCUUACAUUAAGAACUCAAACCUCAUGGCCAACGAAAAUCUAGAGAAAGGCCUGCUGAAGGCUCUGAAGAAGCUGGACGACUACCUCGGCUCCCCACUUCCUGACGAGAUCGACGAGAAUAGCGCAGAUGAAGUCACUUCCUCUUCCCGCCCCUUCCUGGACGGCCAAGAGCUCACUCUGGCCGACUGUAACUUGCUGCCUAAGCUCCACAUCGUGAAGGUGGUGUGUUUGAAAUACAGAAAGUUCAACAUCCCCGAGUAUCUAACAAACCUCUGGAGGUACCUGAACGCAGCAUACGCCCGGGAGGAGUUCUCCUCCACCUGCCCAGUCGACAACGAGAUCCACAUCGCCUACUCCUCUGUAGCCAAAGCUCUCAAGUAGGAGGACGGCAAGGGCGCAUGAACACACCAGCAGAACGACAUGCAAAAAGCACAAAAACAAAACACACCUGCACACACUCUGCAAGCGAUGUGGUCGAUCUGUUCUGACUGAUUUAGACCUUCACUUACGUCUGUACAGUCGUUUCUUGCGGCUGUAAAAGUUUCAUACUGUUAGAUCAUUCUGAUAACGGUUUAUUAUCCUCCUGAAGUCAGUUCAUAUUUGUAAUCUUUGUCCUGAUAAAAUGGACCAUUGAAAGGUCCAUUGAGAAGGAACAGGGAAGCACAGGAGGCAGAUCAACUUUAUCAUCCCAACAUCUGGUUACUUAUCGAUCAUGUCGCUUGCAGACACACACACACUCACACCAUCACACACUUAAAACUACAGCCUUGCUUGUUUUACAGUUUCACCAUCUUUAGAUGCACACUGUAAAGUCGUUUCUUGUUCCCUUCUUGUCGACGGUGGCUACAGUAUUUUCUUUUUUUUAUUGUUAUUGAGGGGAGAAUUUAACAGACACAAAGCUGCCUACGAGAUCAAUCUUUCACUAAAAAAUUGCAAGCCUCACACAAGCUGAUACAACUCUAUUUUCAGUCUUAGUAGUAAGGAAAUGUUUUUUUUUAGGUGGCACACACACACACACACACACACACACACACACACACACACACACACACACACACACACACACACACAUACACACAUACACAUACAGCACCAGCUCACCUGCCAAAGUGUCUUUUGUGGUUUGUCUGUAAUCACACAUACUUCACAUUUAUACUUUACUAUUUCAUAACCGAGGGAACAAGGCCUUGUACAGUAUAAGAUUUCUUUUAUUGAAGCCAACAUUUAUUUAAACAGCUUUUUAUUCUUCAUAGAGCGCCUCAGAGAGAAGGAGGGAGGGGGGGGUGCAGAGAGCGGGUCUGAAAACGGUUACAGAGACAGGAAACGGUUUCAAUAGACUCAGGGCUUCCUCUUUCUGUUCUCCCACAUGCAGGCGUGAAGGAUUAAUUGAGAUUACCGAGCUUGUUUGUGAUCCGCUGCGAGGGCCUGUUGCCAACAAUUUGUUUUGUUCUGCCUGACAUGUAUGAAGGAUCCUGUUUUAGUGUCAUAUAAAAGAAGGAGAUCAGGUUUUUAGUGUAUUGAAGUGGAUAAAGAGGUUGGAGUGUUGCAGUGAAAGCACUUGUCCUGCCUCCUGCAGGCAUGAGGCCUGACUGUUGCAUGAGGGGAAAAAACAGUAGGAAGUUAAAU